CGCCGCGCUCGCUUGUGUGCCCGGAGGCCGGCGAAGACCAAGAUAAAGUGGGCUUUACAGUAAGGAAACCCAGCAGUGAUUCUUCUGAAGGUUUGAGCUCCGUUUCUGCCUGCCGCCUCCUGGAGAGGACACCACCAGUGAAGAACCCUCAUCCUUGGCCAUUGGAGGAUGUUGAGCCUGUCUCUUCUACGCAGGAGGACAUGUUUGGCCAGAACAGCUCAACAGGCAGCGGAUGCGCCCUGUCUACACUGGAAGAGGCAAGUUCCCCAUUAUCUACUCCGGCUGAUCCUCUGCACGUCCUUCAGCUCUCUGGCCAAGGCCCUCUUUCCAAUUGUGCUUCAGGUCUUGCUAGAACAACUUCUGAUGUCUUACAACCAGUGCCUUUUCUUCUUCCGAGAAGCCCAACUGAACAGGAGGCAGAAGGAAAGCAGGAAAGCACAUCAUUGGAGACUGCGGGCACCUUUCAGGGCUCUGUUCCAGUUUCUCAAGAUGCUUUUGUGCUGCCGUCCCAGCCUGAGUUCUCUCACGACACCUUUCUCCCAACUCCAAGCCUGGAGGAAGGCUGCAAGAUGGUAGCCGAGAAAGGAGGAAAUUCUGAGGGCUCCGAAACUCCCAAGGCAGCAACGUCAGCCUCUUUCGCAGAGACUCCUCUGCCCGGGCCUCCAGAGGACGACUGUGUUUUGGCUCUCUCAGCCAGUCAAGGCAGCCAGGUGACCAUGGUGGAGGAGGAGAAGACCACUGACGUUACUGCUUCUUGUGCUUUGGAGGAGAAGCUUUGCUUGCCUGAUGGCUGCAGUGAACAGGAGGCUGAUGAGGAGACAUCUGUUGGUGAACCUUGCAGUGACCUUGGCCAUCAAGGCAGCGUGCCAAGCAAGCCAUCUUUGCUCCUGGAGGGUGAAGCUGUCCCAGAGACUCCCUGUGAAAAAUCAGAAGAAGUCACAUUGCUGGAUGAAGGACUUUCCCUUCGUUUGACAAUUUCCCAAGCCGUAGAACAAGCAGAAUGUUCUGCAGUUAGGGAAGCCUUUCCCCCAAACGAUCCACAUGAAACUGGUGAGCCGGAACUCAUGGAGUCAGGAAAACUAGAGCAAGGCUCUCUGGACAAUCCCAGCAAGGCUGUGCUGGAAGUACAGAGCAUGAGUCAGAGGAUCGAUCCUGGAAUGAUGCUGAAAGAGUCCGAUUCUGAGCCCCAACAGAGUAGGCCGUUCCAGAGAAGAGUCAGUAGUUUUCCUGGAGAGAUUCUGCAGGCCCAUGUCCCGCCAGAGGCACCAUUUUGUAUCUUGUUGGCGAAAGAGAGAGAUGCCCUCACCCCGCCUCUGGUGGGCCAGCACAAGAAAGGCCCCAGGCACAGCACUCCCAUUGUGGUGGGAAGCGAUCCAGAGCACCCUGCAGUUGGCACAGAGGGCAGAGAUGGUGUCUUUGGGGCCAGUUCGGCUGGUGCUGCAGCCAUGGAGGAGAGCCCCCAAGGGAGUUCUGUGGUGGCCUGCGAAGAGGAAGGGGGGCUCUCCCUGCGUAGGAACCUGGUGACCCCCGUGAUGGAAGAGAGUGACGAGCCUCUGCCUUUCAGCCUGGAGAAGCCUGAAACCAGGGAAAGGACCAAUGGGCUGGCCACAGCAAGCGAUCCUAGUUCCCAGAAGACGCCAUCAGUUUUCGCUCGAGUCUGUGGCCCUGAAGAAAAGGCUCCCGGCCCAGGGCAGCUGUCUUCCCUGUUCAGGGGUGACUUGUUCAAUUUUCCAAGUUCCCAAGAAGAAGAUGACCCAUCACGAACCUGGAAGGACCAGCAGAAAUGUGUCUCCUUCGGUUGCAGACAAGUCCUGUCUUCUGACCUUAUUGCUAAAGAGCAGGCGGUAGGCUGUGCCGAAGUGGGAGAGGCCAUGGAGGUUGACGCUGCCUCACUUCAGCAGGGGGAGAAUCAGAGAGCCCCAAAGAAGGGGCAUGUGGGCACACCAGAAGAAAAGACCGUCCCAGAGCCUGGAUCCAGCAAUGGCAAGAGCACCCAGGUGCCAGUGGAGCGCCUGGGAGACCCAGCAGGCCCCCUGUCGGCCGCCACGCAGACUGCCUCUGCCGCUCAGGUGGAAGUUGGCACCAGCACAGCCUGUCCUCCACUCCAGCAGCACAGCGCCAGUGUGCAAACAGAGCGGGACUUUAUGUGGCGGCCCGGAAACCCCCCAGAGUCCUUGGCCAGUCAGAAGGAGGAAGAAUUUGAACUGCCCCACCCACCAGCAGGUAAAGUCCUACAGCGCCAUGUGAGAACAAUUCGGGAAGUGCGCACCCUCAUAACACGUGUCAUCACAGAUGUUUACUACAAAGAUGGCACCGAAGUGGAGCGGAAGGUCGUUGAGGUAGGAUGUUUCCAAUAAGGCCCCAGUAAAGCUGUGGACCCCAUGGUUUCUGGCAUGAUCUCUUCAAGGGUGAUGCUCUCAGAUGUCGGUUUUUUAGAGGAUCCCUGGGGCAAAGGCAGUGGCAGCCAUAUCCAGGCCAUGGGGGCUCUCAAAGGCUCUUCCAUACUCUGCUCUCUUCAAAAUAGGGACAGCAUUUUUUGUUUGCAAAAUGAAUCAAGUCACAUCCAGAAGGAUCCAGAUUCUAGGGUCUCUGAGUGAAAGUGAAGUGGUCAGAAGUAGAGGUGGUCAGGCUGGAAGGCCUGGGCAGCCCCCCUCCCUCCAAUUUGCCUGAGAGCUGAAGCGAAGAGUGAGAUCCCUCCCAGGUGAGGGACUUUAUUGGUGUGACCCGUCAAAACCGUGCUCGAC